CACCUAGGAGCAGCACCAGGGACCUCUCGGUUGUGAGGCGACUCAGGCCGCCAGGCGAGCACUAUAUAGCUACUACAGAGCCCCGUCUGCACUACGGCGGUGUUCUUGAGAGCUACCGCGGAGAGUCAGCACGCCGCUGUCCCCAGAGGUUGUCUUGCUCACGCGGGAUGAGCAUCGUACGAAUCCAAGGGAGCAGGAUGGCGUCUCCACCUGAAGAUUUUGAAGAGUUUGAAAACGAUAGUCACGGUGCCGAGAUGCUGCCAGUCAAGGGACGCGAAUCAGCGACUGAACGGCGGUUGCGACUCCUGAAGCAGCUCGGCUUUGUGAUCGCGGCCUCGAUGUCUCAGUUUUCCCUGGGCUCCAAUACUUCCUGGCCUUCUCCGGCCCUCUCAGACAUCGCCGUCAACAACAGUACCUGGCUCGGCACGGAUAUCACCCUCACCGCAGCUCAAAAGGACAUGACAGGGAGCCUUGUGUCCCUGGGGUGUCUCCUGGGAGCGUGGUGUGUCGGUGCGGUGGGGACGCGACUUGGACGGCGAUUAUGCUUGCAAUUUACAGCUAUUCCUCUUCUUGUGGGCUCUAUUGCACUUUCCCUUUCUACUAACGUCUACGUUAUGCUUGGGGCGAGACUGCUGCAAGGAUUCGGGAGCGGGAGUUCUUCUGCGGCAGGAACUCUUUAUGUGGUGGAAGUGGCUGACACAUCGGUUCGAGGCGCCAUGACAACAGUGUGCACUUUGGCCAUAGUGUUGGGAGGUCUCUUUGUCGUAGGCGUCGGCUGUGUGCUACAUUGGUACCACUUAGCCCUGGUGUGUGCCAUUCCUCCAAUUAUUCUAUUGAUUGGAACUUUCUUCUUACCCAAGUCUCCCGCCCUCUUGUUGGUACGUGGGAAGAGACUUGAAGCAGUAAGAACUUUGAGAAGACUGCGGGGUCCUUAUGCAAAUCUGCAAUCAGAAAUACAGAUGCUAGAAAUGAAGAAUUCCUCCCAAACGACUGACUGGAAAAAGAUUCUAAACCGGCGCACGGCCAAGCGAUUGGCUGUAGUAGUGAUGUUAUUCGCUUUCCAGCACUUCUGUGGUAACUAUGUGUUUAUUGUUCACACUGCCCGGAUCUUGGAGAAGGUGGGAGCUCCCUGGGACCCAGACAUGGGCACCGUUCUCGUGACAGCUGUGAGACUUGCAGGAACGAUGGUGUCCAUUUUCUUAGUGGAUCGAAUGGGCCGCCGAUCUUGCCUGGUUGCCUCACAUGCGAUCGCGUCUGCCUCCUUGGUCAUGCUCGGGACCUAUGUCUACCUGGCAGAGGGGGCACCAGACGAGAACACCUCGUUUUCAAGCCUUGGGUGGGUGCCGCUUCUCUGUGUGGUGACGGCGGUGUUCGGAAUCUUCUUAGGAGCCCAUCCUGUACCCUACUGCCUCGCUGCCGAGUACUUCCCCACAAGUAUUCGUAGUCAGACCUUUUCGAUCUGCUACUCCGCUGCGAUGCUGUUCUCCUUCCUGGUGCUGCAAGUGUACAGUCCAAUGCAGGACGCGCUCACCCACCCCGGCCUCUACUGGUUUUACAGCGCCUCCAGCUGCCUAGCCGUGGCUUUCACGCUCAUCUUUGUUGAGGAAACCAAAGGCAAAAAUUAUGAAGAAAUUCAGAUUUUUACACCCUCAGCCUGCGUGUGCCCCAAGGUAUGUGUGGCUGCCAGGAAGCUUUUAAGUGAACUGAUGUUUUGA